UUUCUUGUAGUUUCUCAAUACAGUAUCAUAGGGUUAAAAAUCGCAGGGUUAGAGAUCGCAUUGUUAAAGGUCGCAGAGUUAAAGAUCUCAGGGUUAAAGGUCGCAAGGUUAAAGAUCGCAGGGUCAAGGACCGCAGAGAUAAAGAUUUCUUCGUUCAAGAUAGCACAAAUUCAAGAUCAUAUGAAUCUGGGUCGUAUGUUUUAAGAAAUAUGGUUUUUUAUUACUUUUUUAAUACCAAUUAAUUGGAAUAGGCUUGAAACCAAGUUGAAAUCAAAUUGAUAUUCUUUGGAAGCAGAUGUCAUUUUAUGCUUAGAAUAUAUAAAACUCCUACAGAUUAGUUGGCUUUCCCUCAUUAUUAUCGUGAAAGAAUCGAAUGAUAUGCAUAGAUAUGCAUAAAAUGAUAACUGGUUAUAUACUGCUUCUCAUGAUUUUCGACGAGAUUGGACAAGACUAUCAAUCUAAAAAAAAAGCGAAGCCCGUCCAAAGACGUAGUAAUAUGUGGCGUGUUCGGGUUCCGAAGACUUAGGCCAAGAAAUACUGCAAGUUAUCGUGUAGCUCUGAUGUGCAUCAAACUCAAUUACCGACAGAAUACAAUUUACAUAAAAGUUGGAUAUAACAUGUAAUUUUGGUUUCAUCAAUGAACAUAGCAUACACAAACUGUACAGACACAGCUAGACAACAUAGUUACAGGACAGCAAAUCAAAGUUAUAAAUUAACACAUACUGACAUGGCACCAAAACCCAGCUAGGGCCAGCAUUACAAAUACAAGGCUAGUAUCACAUACUUUGCAUGCUGUGGAGUGUGAUAAUUGGUCUUCUAAAAUCUCUCCUAUCGAUUUUGUUCUACAUCAGCUAAGUUUGGCCAGAUCAUCAAUAAAAAAGCUCUUUGGUUGCCUUACUCAGGAAAUACUCUGCAAUUUGGGCAUGAUCAUGCGGCUAAUUGCUUGAAUGACACUUCUAGGCGUUUGAAUCAACCUUAACAUAACAGUAUACUAAAAGUUGAAACUCUCUCUUCAAGAGACAAUUCAUGAUGAAAAGAUUUUUUAUCCAGAAAAAAAUGGAAAUUUGUUUUGUCAGAAAUAAUCAGUCACGCAAUAAAAUUUUUCCCUGAAGCUGCUAAUCUGAGUAAUGGAAAGCAAAUUCAAGAAAAAAACAUGAUUGAUUGCAUACUUUCUUUAGGAGAGCCAAGUGCCCGCUCCAUAUUAACUUCUUUCCAAAAAAUUGAAAAAGCGUGGCUCCACAGCCUAAAGGGUUUCCCUUAAAAAUCUUAUGUAUCUUGAUUUAUCUCUAUUUGCCUUUGUUUAUUGCUUUAUCAUUUUUAUAUAAAAUUAUGUAAUUUUUUAGUUUACUCGUUUGCUUUUUCAACUUUUUACUCAUUUGCUCAUUUGCCUAAGUUCAUAAAUGUUGUGCAAAAUUGCGAAAUAUGCUGCUGAAAACUGAGUUUUUUCAUAUAGCCUUAAAAAGCUAAAAGACAAAAAAGCCGCCCUAGCGCAAUACUGCAGGAAAAAUUUUGAUAAAGGCACUCUCAAUGACGAAAAGAAAAGAAACUUCUUAAAUCCCAUUGGUGAACAAAAAAAAUUCUAGUGUUAAAUGAAGAAAAUGCUCAUUUAAACGAAAGUAACUUAUUUCCAAGGUAGAUAAUUGCAAAUCACCUUGUCUAAUCACUGACUCAUCUGUGUAUUAGAGAAACUUUCUUAUGCCGAUGCUAAACUGUACUGCUAAUGGUUAUCUCGCCCAUGGUUUCCGGUGCCAAUGCUCCUUCUCCUGGUAAAGAUAAUUUGAGACAAAGUCAGAGUAAGCAGAUUUUUAUUUCUUCAAAUAGCAAUCGUUCUAUUUCAGUUAAAAGUUAAUGAAAUGCCAUGCAAUAAUAGAGAUAUUACAUUGGUAUCUACAAAUAAACAAUUAACUCAACCAGAAUUCGUGAAUGCGAAGGGGCUUUUACACAUACAUCAUCGUAGCUACUAGCUUCAAAAUUCAAAUUACGAAUGAUGUUAGGCUCUUUAAUGUUAUCGAUGUAAUCAUCAAGGGAAGGUUUCAAACAUUUUCUGUUUACCUUCCUAUCAGUAACGUGAUUUGUUUUAUUUACAUCAGCAAUGGAAAUGUUUUUUCCUAAAAUCUUUGCCUGUUUUCUAAACUUUCAACCCUAAUGCAAUAACAAUUGUUCUGUCAACAACCACUUUGCUGACUGGAAAAAUCUAAUGAUACCUUAUAAAAAGUGCAGAAAAAUCAGCGGCAAGUUUCUUUUUAUUUUCGCAACAAUAGAGGACCUUUUCAUAGCAAUUAUAGUUUGGUAUCAUUAACUCAUGGAGCAGAUAUGCUUCGUGAACAGAAUUAGCUACUGUAGUAGCUUUAUGUUUAUAUCAGUAAACCAGAUAUGUUUCAUCAUCAUUCGGAGUCUGUUUCAAUUAAGAAGUUUCGUCGUUACUCCUCUCCAGUAGUCACGAUCUUCAGCUCCUCUUAUGCACUGCUCAAAGUUUAACUUUGUCCAUUCCAUGAUGUUCUUCAUCCACGAUUUACGGGGACGUCCCUUUGGUCUUUUCGCACAUACUUUUCCUUCCAGCAAUAUGUUUAAUGCCUUGAAAAGAUGAAAUGGAUAGAGCCAACUUCCUCUUUCUUGAAGAAGUUCCUAGCAGCUGGCAAACAUUGAAUUUUACAUUGACUGCUAAAAAAAUGUUAUUGGGGGCAGUGAGAAAGAAUUUAUUCAAAAGGUCUUGAUAAAGAAACCAGAUUAAGAUAACAAGAUCCCUUUUAAAGUACUCUAAGGUCCUUAAUAGAAAUGGGGGUCUUGACAGUUGGGAAAUUGAGUAGGCUAAUUAUCAUUGUGUACAUCAGCCAGGCCUUGUAAUUUUUUUCGGAUGUUAUACUACUUUUCUAUGUUAAAGCUUUUGUACAAUGCAACCUCUUCAUUUAAGAGAAACUUUACAGAAAUUUCACACCUGAACAAAGGACAAAUGAAAAAAGGGAAAUGAAUGAUUGCAUCUAAAAAUUAAUAGGCAGGGGGUCCAAAUAAGCUCCUGUGGGGUCAGAAAGAAAUCGAAUAAUUAAUAAGCGUCCCCCCUUCUAUUAAGGACCUUAGAGUACCCAUUUCGACGAUUCCAUUCUACUACAAGAGAUUUUUGCUUAAAAUAGAACUAUUAUUACUGACAAGGUAAAGGACAGCAAAAUAUUUUUCGCUUGCAUCAAAUUUCAAAACUGUAAAUAAUUAUAUCCUUUCACGAUUUUGAACUGCACAAAAAUAGCACACAUAAAUAAUUCUUCAAUUAGGGACAUUUUCUUUUUUUCAUCAGGAAUUAAUUUUAACCCGCAAUUUGUGCAUAUAUCAAAAUAAAAGAAGAGUAUGAAAUAUUUACAAGGACAACUUUAACUCAUAACAAUUACACAACAUUUGCCUUUUAACCAACAAUCUUUUAAAUUAGUAAUGAUGUGCCUGGUUGCUUCUACAGGUGCUUAAUGCUUCUUAAUUCAUCAUGUCCUGAUAUGAAUUCUUUAUUUAAACUGCUUCCAUUAUAAAAAACUCUAAAGACCUUCAUUUUAUUUGCAUUUCAAAGCCACUUUAAAUACAUUUAGUAAAAAGAGUGAAACGCGUUGAAGGUUUACUUGCUUUAGCAACACUGAGUUAGUAAAAUUCUUUGCCCUCGCGUUGCCGCUCAACAAACAAUCCAUUUGUAAAGCGUCUUCAAAACCCCAACAAAUGCAAAGAUUCUCUCAUUAGAAGGACUAAGCUAAUGCGUAAAAGCAUCGUUUCCUAAAAUGGUUUCCUAUUGCUGUGGUUGCAGUUUGGCAGUACAAAAUAUAACAUCUCUCAAAGCAAGCAAUUACACCUGUGCAAUUUUUAACAUUGUCCUGGCAAUACCAACCUCUUUGCUGAACUUUGCACUUAUCAUCGCAAUUCUCAAGUCAAACGACAAAAAGCAGCCAUGUCAGAUAAUGGUGCUAAAUUUGGCACUUACCGACUUUAGUGCAGGUAUAUUUGGCAUGCCGACAAUUUUUUUCAGAUUCCUCUAUGUUGCUCUUCAAAUAGACUCUUGCAAUAUUACGUAUAUAAGUCUGAUCUUGGGGAGUAUACUUGGACACGUGUCUUUACAGGCAAUAGUAGCAAUAGCAAUCGAAAGAUAUAUAUACGUCUUCAAACCCUUCAUGCAUAGCACAAGAUUUACACCAAAACUAACUUAUUUUAUCGUAUGUUGUGAAUGGCUCUAUUCAAUAGCUCUAGUGACUUCCUAUCGAUUAAUUAAAGAUGCCAAACUAAUUAAUAUGAUUAAGGCUAUUGUCUUAAUAUACACGUCCGUAAUCAUCGUUUAUUGCUAUACAAAGAUAUUUCUACGUUCUUGGGGAGUCCGUCGACAGAUACAGACAGAAGCAGCGAGAUUUGGGCAGCAGCAUGUUACUCAAAAGGAGAGAAAUCUUCUACUAAUUGGUGGCUUCAUAAUCAUUUCAUUCUUCGUUUGCUACUCUUUUUAUUUCGCAACAUCCAUACUAGAACUGAUUGAAUACGAAAGUGACGUCUUUCAUUAUACCAUCUGCUGGGCAUGGACUUUUGCAAUGGCAAAUUCACUCUUCAAUCCGUUGAUAUCCUGCAUAUUCAACUCUUUGAUACGAAGAGAUGUACUCAGAAUACUAACUUGUGGAUAUAAACAAAGUUAAGGUACCCAAAGUUCCAUUUAACUGUAUAAUAGUAAUAUUCUUGAUUAUUUUUGGAAUUAGAAAGAACUGAAUAUAUUAUUCCAGAAUGGUGGAUACCAAAAUAGCAAUCCAGAGUGUAGAAGAAUGGAGCACAGAAUGCAAGUGAAAAUUCAAGAGUGAUUUUGACUUCGACUGUUAUCCAGAGCGCAUGCAAUCGCUAACUAACUAAAGUAACGAUUGCAUACACGUUUUUCAUUUAUUUAUAAGAAACCGGUUUAUAAAAAAACUAGCAUUAGGAUGGCCGACAAUUUAAGAACCUGUAGUACUAGGAUCAAGAAAAAUUAUGGAACAAUAAAAUUUCCAUUUUUUAAAGAGACACUGAUGAGUACAGAGUUCCACUUAGAGACUUUGUAACUUAUAUCGACUGUGUAGAAAUGAUUUUAUUAUAGAUCGUUGUAACAAACGUUUUUUUUGUAACAAACAAUCGAGGUUUUUAAAAAAAAAUUAUUUUUUUGAUUUUUCUUUUGAAAAGAUAACAUACUUUGGAUUUUGAUCUGCGUUGGUUUUUUCGUAUGCUCAGCUUCAAAGCAAUAAGUUAACUUUAGGGCUCGAAAACAGUGGCGUAGCGUCCGGGUAUUCAAGGUAUUCAGUGAAUACCCUGAGAUUUCUCAGAAAAAAUAUUGAUACGACGUAUAUUUGUAAUAACUAAAAAAUGUUUUGGGGCAAUUGAUUCUGGUUGAAUUCAUUACCUUCGAUAUUCUACAUUUUGUACAAGUACAAAAUAUCACGAAAUUCAUGGAAACAACACUGCGACGCAUAGAGAGGCUGGGAGAUUUUUGAAGAUUGAGCUACUUCAUGUUGAAUGGAGAUCGGUCAUGAAUACGCAGUGAAUACCCUAGACGGUACUUUAACCAAUCAAAAUGCUCCUUUCCAUGAAUAAUAUUUGCCGUUAAUCAGCUAAAACAAUGGUUCUGUACGCUGAGAAAUAUGCAGCGUACAGCCUCAAAGUUGGUUCAAAAUAGUCUCGUUAUGAGAUCGAUAUAAACAGUUAAUGGACGUCGGAGCGGAGCGGUUGGAGUGAUGGAGCUGCAUCGAAAACUGUAAACAUGACUUAAUUAAAAAACUAUUGCAAUGUCCGUAUUACUGUUUCAUAAUCAUUCUCUCAUUUGACCCCUAAUCCUAAUCUACCAACAGCAAAGUGGAAAGGUAAGGUAGGCUUCUGCAUAAAACUACACUGACUCAGAUCUGUGCCCUCUUGAAAUGUCAAUUUUGUUAUUGCUUGUCAAUCAGGGAUGCUUCUAAUUGUGUUAUGAGACGGAAUUAAAGUAAAUGCAGAUAGGCCUGGAUAAUAUCCUUAUAGUUGCCUGGUGUAUUCAGUUAUCUUGUUGGCCUAUUUUGUUUGCAUUAUUCGAGCGCAUUUAUUUGCAUUAUCGUGCAGUCUCAUCUCAUUACCUUUGAUUCUUUCAAACAUUAACUUGUAUUGAAAAUAUCACGAUUAGGCCAUGAAGAAAAAGUCUAGACUGCAUACCACAAGCUAUUUAUAACUCGUGUAAUGCCCUAUGUGAAUAAUUUUGAAACUUUUGAAAGCCCUUUUGUAUUAAGGUAUCAAGAUUAGGUGUUUACAGUUACUUCCUCUUUACAUCAGUGCAAAUUUUAGAGGAUUCAACAACAACUAUUGGGACAUAUUUCGACCAGCAAAAUUUUACUGAUUUUCAAUGAUACGUUUUGAUUUGAAUUACUUUUGAUGAAAUGGAAUUUUGAUGCAAUGAAUGAGUUCAAAGAGUAUAUUUGCGUUGGGUCCUUUUAGCAAAGUAUCGUUUUCAUCAUAGUAAUGCCCUGACAGUGCAGUACUUGCCAACCGAACCAAAAAGAAAAGUGUUAAAGUAAUAGAUUAAAUGUCAAAAGCUAGUCCUUUUAAUCUUCCUAUUAUCCCUCUAUUUUCAUCAAGCCCCAUCGAGCCACACCCUGCCCCACCCUUUUGUUUAAUAGAGAAUACCCAGUUGAAAAAGUCACGCUACGCCACUGCUCGAAAAUAAGAAACCGACAAAGAAACUUUUAGUACUAACAUUCACAAAAAUUUAAAGCCAAAUUAAGAAAAUUUAAGUACUUAUUGCUGAUCCAAGUUUUAUAUAAAUAAAAUAUUGUGUAUCAAAGUUAAGGUGUUGAAUAUAUUAGUGAUUUUAGCAAAAAAAUUGGUGUUUUUUAAAAUGAUAUGGAUUUUAUGCUUUUCAGUAGCAUGUUCAAAAAGAAACGUUUCAGAAAAAUGGCUACAGUAUUUUCAGUCUCCUUUUUGAAUAGAAAAUUUGGUUUUAGCUCGUAGUCACAGAAAGUUUUUCCUAACUUAAAGAAUAAGUAAGACGUUGGUCAUUCGACUAGCUUACAUUUUCUUUCUGUAUGUUAUGCUCCGAGAGUUUAGCUACAGCCUGUGUUCUUCAGCAAGAUCCUAAUUUCAAUAUUCUAAGAAUAUGUAAAAAGUCUAGAAAAAUCUUCUUCGGGGGAAAUCAAACAUAUUUGCAUCUAUACAGAAAGAGGGUGACGGCUUGACUUUCAAGGUAUGACUCGCCUGAGUUUGUAUCAGACCAACCAAAUAUGUCAUGAAGAUUUAGGCUUGGAGUGCUUCGCCCAUGCACAUUUGUCCAAUCGAAACAUUAUUUUUUCAUUGCAAUUAAAGCUUUGAAACUUCAGAUUGACAAAUUUUUAAAAUACGUCCUGCUGAACUUACCCUUCCUCUUGAAGCCAAUUGAGGAGCUGCUUUUUGGAUUACUGAAAUUUUUUACGGUUAUAUUUAUAUAGUGCUGGCUUGUAAAACUAAAUGACUAAAAAACUAAGGAGUUUGAUAAUAGCACUGAUAAAAAACCUUUACAUAUCUCACAAAUCUUUACUGCUAAAAUUUUUAUUGUGGCAGAUAGAUACAUUAAGAAAUGUGUGACAGCAAAGUAUUUUUGUCUGUGUCUAAAUUUGACGGGCUAUAGCUUAUUCAGUCUAGUUUUUUGCUGACUUUAGUUGUGCAAUGCAGCAAUUACUUGUAGUAUUCAAUCACUGAGAGAAAUGAGACUGGCGAACCACUUGCUGUCCACUUUUGAUGCCGUUUGCUCUAGUUCAACUCAGACGGGUCAUGGCGGACGGAAACUCUCGUAACGAAGCAAAUAGGUUUUAUUUCCUCCCCACAGAUUUACUAGCCUUUUCAGAUGUUUCAAAGCAUCUUUUUAUAAAAGUUGUUUGAACGAUGGCCUUGAAACCUUCUGGAUUGUGGACCAGGAUAUCAGAAAAGUUGUGUUAGGAUAAAUUUUGAUAGGUUAAGAUCUUAAAAGUAAUCAUCUUUUUAAAAUCCUGUAAUUGCUAUUUAAUAGAGAAAUUCAUGAUUUUGGCACGAAAUAUUUCCGCAUGAAUCCAUGGAAGAACAGUACUGGUUUUUAUAUCUGUUUAUUUAAAUUAUCAACUGUAUUAAUUAACUUUCAUUUGUAAUUAGGAUUUGUAUAAUUGAUACUGAAUGGAUCUCGUGAUUAAAUAAUCAUUAAAAAAAUGAUCCGUAACUUUUCCCGCAUCGCUGUUAAAGAUGUGAAAUCGACCUUAAGAUCAGAUGAUUGAAUUAUAAAUGAAAAAUAUAGCUUACGAAAAAUAUCUGAAAGACAACCAGCUAUGUGUUUCAGAAAAUUUUCUUUUUCUCAUUCUGGUUGUCAAAUCAACUGGAUGAUUCUAAGUAAUCAACAUAGCUACUAUGGAAAGAAGUGUAAAUAAAUCAUAUAAAGUGACAUCUAAAUAUCAAAGGAAGUAAAACCAGUGAAAAAAAUUGACUUCAAGUUCUUCAGCACAUAUAGAUAAACAGAAAGAGUUUAAAAGAAAGACAAGAAAGACCAUUUUGAUUAUUCACUUGCUUUUUCUCACAAAUCUGAUGUUAUGAAAAAUAAAAGCUUGAAAGGAAGAAAAAUUCAAGGGGCCCACAUGAAAAGUUUUACCGGGUCUACCGAUUCCCGGUGGGUCACCAUGCCCCUGUUGUGAGGACAGUUUAUAGGAGUCUUCGUAACAAAUGUUGAUGCCCAUGAUCUAAAAGUUUUUGAAUGUAUGGAUGUAUAAAACUAUGCUAACUUUUUUCAUUAUCGAAAUGAUGCCGAAUUGCCAAAUGAUUCCAAAUCUUCCGCUUUUGAAAUGAUGCCGGAGCAACGAGGCAGUGACUGUAGCUCUCAGCUACAAGAAGCAGUUUCAACGCGUACAAAGCUUGUGCUGCAAAGCUAGAAAUUACAACAUAAAUAAACACUGGUCUUUUCGGUAGAUUUUUUACGGUUUUCUAAAAUAAAAAAUACAAAUCAAUAGAUGCUAAUAGAUACUGGAGCGAUAAGAUAACUAAACAAAAAAUAUUUAUAAAUUCAAGGAACACAAGGCAUUGCCUAGUCAAACACUUAAUUAGCGAUGUAAACAAUAACAAAAGAAUUCAAAAUAACUCUAAACUAAUUCUUACGAGCUCUUUGUCCUUGUUUGAAGAGAGUUUGGCGUCCAUGCAUAAUUUUUGUAUUGAUCUUUUUCUCUGCUCUUCAACUUGAUACUUUACCACUCUAAACCUUCCCUGAUCCACGUUCAAAACCUUCCCCGCUCAAAUUACUGCACCCGCCAACCUCUCAUUCGUGAAACAAAACACUAUAUGUAUACAUCACGAAACUCUCUUGAGACAAAAACACAAAAAAGGGCUGAUCCUUGAAGCACUGAAAACGGAAAAAUUCACCAAUACCCCCAAAAGGCAUUGUGCGAACAAUCAACGGAGCAGUUUGCAUGACCCAAUUCGUCAGCGAUUGGAAUGUCUUUCGUUCUUUUCGGGUAUAGGCAGCGAAUUCGCUAGCGAAAUGUGGGAGUUUAAGGGAGUUCAUCUUCCUAGCGAAACAUGACUCCCCUAUGAAUGGAAAAAUAGAGACACGCUCUGCGAAUUAACUCAAGAAUUCAUUAAAAUAGAGGCCGGGCUUAACACGUUGCACGUACAACAAUCAACUCUAAAAAAACAAAACUAGUAAUGCUGCUUUUCCGGAAGAAAACUUUCUUCUUCAAAUAAUUACUUGUUGGCAAAUCUCCCAAUUCUGUUGCUUAGGAAUUUUAGUUUUAUUUGCUUAGGAAUAUCUUUUUGGAAACAUUUGCGAACAGUGAACAUCUCGAAGCUUUUAUUUUCAAGUGGCAAGCUGCUUUGAUAUACCCAAAUAACGAUUGUAUCUACAGAAAUUGCAGGAGUUCAUCUGAAUCUCAAAGGCAAUCGACAAAUACUUAAGCCAUCUUUCAAACAAAAAGUGACCAACCAGUGAGCGUGAUUCCAUUCGCACGCUCAUUGAUUGGCUAAUAGUAAAAGCUUUCGAUUGACAAGUGGCUUGAGCCACUUCUAUACAUAUCGAUUGCAUUUAAGUAAAUCAGAUAGCUAGAAUUUCCCGAUAGACUUAGCAAAAUCCCGAAAACAGGCAUAAAUGAAACCUGACCAAUGGUGAUCUUUUCACAUUUUGAAAACCGGGUUAGCAUUCGCCCUGGCACCCGUCUACAUGUGCAUUUUAGAUAAAACAGUUUACCGUUUUCUCUGAGCUUUGAAGUGGAACUAACGUGUAAAGAUUAGAAGAAGAUAGUGGGGAGAGGCAAAAAAGGCUGCGUAUUGGUUAAGUAAAAGUGACAAAAUUCUUUUUAUGAUAAUAUUUACAAUACCUUCUCUCGGAUUUAUAUUGCCAAGCAGCCCUAUAAAAUUUUUGCAGAUGCUGCAUAAGCAAGAAAUUGCUGACACAUUUAUAUGUUUGCUUAGAAAUUUUCAUAGUUGCAGAUGAGAUAAUUUUUUGAAACGACUAUAGUCGAGAAUAUAUGUCGAGCAUACUUUCUUAAUAUACUCUCUACCUUUCUUGCUCUCUUCUGCGGUACCGGCAAUGGAAGAAUCGAUUGCAAAGUGCACAUUUUAAUACAGUUCGCUUUGGUACAUUUUCAAAAGUAACUAGCAUUUUCAUUAUUUCUCUUGCACUGAUUUUUUGUAUGAGAGGCAGAAAUUGCAAGGGUGUGGGGAGAAAACGAGCUCUUCUGCUAAUUUUUCGGUAAAAACACAAUUUUAGCGUAUUUGUUGCUAACCCCCUUAAUGUUAAUGGUAUUUAUCAUUACUAGUUAAAUAAGCACAAAAAUAAUUAAAUAUCGCAUGAGUAUAUUUCAGAAGGGUUGAGAACAUAUGUUAAUGUUGGUUUCAAUUUUUAACGUAAGGAACAUUCUUUUCUGUGACAAUCUAUAAUAAUAAAUCUGGUUUUGUUUUAUAUGACAUUAAUGUAAACAGUCAAGCUAUGACCAUAAGGCAUGGUCUAACUUUAAUGUCAACUUCUUAUUUAAAGGCAGUUUAUCCUGUCAGUCAACAGUUCAGAGCAAACAAUAGGGUUUGCAGCGCGUACAAGAUAGUUAGAAAGUUGAAAUAAAAAAGGAAACUUUCGAAAUAGACAGUCAUCAACACAACAUCUAACGACUUCAUCGACAGAAAUACGAACAUUAGACCUUGUUUACAAGGGAUUCUUCCAAGCCGGUAUCGAUCCAGGCCGGUAUCGAUUAAGGCCGGUAUCGAUACAGGCCGGUAUCGAUACAGGCCGGUAUCGAUACAGGCCGGUAUCGAUACAGGCUGUUGUCGAUCCCAAACUGGUAUGAAUAAGUCUUUCGCUUACACAGGAACAAUCAGGAUCGAUCAGCUUUCCCUGCUAAUUUGAGUUCCCUUUGGAGAGUGUUCCUGUUUUAGAUUGAACCUGUCUUGUGCAAACGCCUGAAAGUAUUUAACUACAGUUCUAGAAAACUACAAAGAAUCUAAUUUGAUUGGAAAAACCCAAACGUCAUUAAUUUGAAAACCCUUUGUCUUAUCGGUCUAUUAAAAAUACAUGAUAUCAUAGGAUUGAAAAGUGAAUUUGACAGCAAUAACAUCAUUCCCCAACAUUCAGUAUAUUUCAAAAUACCGCUUUUAGUUCCAACCAAUCUCAAAUCUACAGUUACGAAAUGAAACGUAUAACAAGAAAAGAGUGAAAUAAUUAUGAACCCGCCAACGAGAAGUAGAUUUCUUUCUUUUCCAGUAAUACCCCGCUGCCCAUAUCGUUCUGCCUCUGUUUGGACUUGUCUGCGAAUUUUUCUGGCACGAACUAAUAUCUAGAUGUAACAAAACGCAAUUACAGCAACAGAAGCAACGACAAUUAACGCGUUACACCAGCGCCACAAGAAAUGAAGCUUAAUCCACCAAUAAGCUGUUAACCAAAUUAUCGAUAGCAGCCAAAUACACAAUAUACCAAUAGCAGUCGCUCUUGACGUCACAGAAGAAUUAUACGGGUUGAAGAUAUGUAUGUAUCUUUCUACCGAUAUUGCUGUAACUAAAAACAAAGAAGCGAAUGCAAAAACAAAUCCAGCUUCAGAUACAUACUUGACAACAGAACAAGAAUUAUUGAGUGUGGCAAUGAAAAAAUAUCUAACAAAGAGUGCUGGCAUGCAAUACAGCCCAGCAGCAAAGUCAGUGAAUGCCAAAUUCAGCACAAGCAUCUGACAUGGCUCUUUGCGUUCGUUUGAUGACACAAUUGCGAUGAUUAGAGCAAGAUUCAACAAUGUGGUCGGUAUUGCGAGACCAAGAAUGGAUCCAGCACAGAAUUUAAUAUGUUCAAUGUAGGAAGCUUUGUUAAAUAAUUUUUCAUCAAAAUCAUUGCAGGUAACAUUCAUCUUAGUGUCUGUCGUCUGAGAGAAGCUCUAGAUCAAGAUUGAGGGAAGAAAUUCUGUAGAUUGGUAUGUUUUACAGACCUUGUUUUGGUUUAUUGUCUCCCUUUAAAGUUCAUUCUUAGCUUGGCAUAGAAGAAAUAUCUGCAGAAACUAGUCUCUCAAUAGACUGGUAGCAGCCGCAAUAUUAACAAACCGACUUGCAAAGCUUGACUGUCUUCCAACUGCGUCAAGAAUUUUAUUCCACAACUAUUAUAAUCAUAUGGCAAGCUGCAACACCUGUUUGAAAACAAGAGAUACUGACGACAGAAAUAUAUCGCCUCACGACAGCUGCCUUGUUUUGAAUCUCAUAAAUUGAAAGAGAAUUAAUUCCUAAAGAUUUUGAUACGUUCCAAAGAAAUAUCCCAGUAUUUUGAACACAAUACCAGGAGAUUCAUUUCCAUUUGAAAGCAGUUACACAUUUGAUCCAUCAGCAAUCAAACACUAUUUUAAUGAUUCAUAUUUACUAUGGCUAAAUGAAUCAUAUUUGCUAAGACCAUGUAUCGAAUGCUACCUUCAGAUCAAAGAUGACACUUAGUAAUGAUUAUGAUGAAUGCAUCUCUUCAUCCAUGGUAAAAACCUUUACUUAAUAUAAGAGGAUACGUCUAAACAUUUAUAUUGAUAAUAUCAUUAUCAACCUUUAUCAUAACUACGUGUAAACCUAUUUUAUAUUGCAACGAUAUUAUAUUUGAAGAUUACACAAAAUAUAGGAAGCAUAGCAUACUAAAGUAUUAUAUUAUUUUUAUAGUGCUCUUUAGAGUAAAAAGGUAAGAAAAUGACCAAAGAAGGUAUGCAGAAAAGUUUCAUCCUAGGUUAGAUCGAAAGUAAUGUGAGAGAAAGAAUGACGCAUUUGGUUGACCCUUAUUUCAUAAACAUUUGUCACAGGUAAAUUAAAAUUUCACAUCGAGGAUGUAUUUUAGGUAGGCUCUUUUUUUAUAAGAACAAUUUUAUAAGAACACGAGCCUCAAAACUGGUCAAAAAUUAAGAACAAAUUAAGAACAAGCUGAGGCUGAGUAUCUGCAAAAUGCAGAUUUGAACAACGUUUUUUCUCAAAAUCAGCGAUGUAUGGGUGCUUUUUCGGUGAAUAUUCAAAUUUGUCAGCAAAUCAAGGCUGUCUCACUCACUUUGUUGGCAAAUGAGGCCUGAACACCUCCUUAGAGCGAAAAAGCUAGCAAUUGCACUGCUUACACCCUCUUAAUUUAAGAACAAAUUAAGAACAAUCCAGCUUCAGAUUUUCGAAAAAAUUAAGAACAGUCAGCUUGAACUUAAAUUUACUGGUUCUUUUAAAAAAAAUAGUGUAGUAUAUUUACGUCAUGUGCUUUCAUAUUCCAUAAUUUGUUGCUGCUUAGUAAAUAACUUGGCAUUUAGAGCUAUACCUAACUAGCUCGCAGUUGUUAUAGCAUUCAGAGUUGUAAUGCGUGAAUAUCAUCAUUCCCAAACAUUCCUUAUGAUUGAAAAUACCGCUCUCAAUUCCAACCAAUUUCGAAACGGCAGUUACGAAAUGAAACGCAUAGCAAGCAAAAAACGAAAUAAUUAUGAACCCGCCAAUGAGAAGUAGAUUUCUUUCUUUUCCAGUAAUACCCCGCUGCUCAUAUCAAUCUGCUUCUGUUUGGACUUGUCUGCGAAUUUUUCUGGCACGAACUAUUAUCUUGAUGUAACAGAACACAAUAACAGCAGAAGAACCAAUGAUGAUUAAUAAAGAGCAGAAGCACCACACAGAUAGCUGUUUUAUCUACCAAAAAGCUGUGAACCAAAAUAUCGACGAAACCCAAAUCAUAGUAUACCAACAGCCACUCCUUUUGACGUCAAACUGGUGUUAUAGGGGUUGACGAUAUGUAUGAAUCUUUUUACAGAUAAAGCUGUAACUAAAAACAAAGAAGCGAAUACAAAAACAAAUCCAGCUUCAAAUACAUAUUUGACAAAAGAACAAGAAUUCUUGAGUGUGGCAAUGAAAAAAUAUCUAACAAAGAGUGCUGGCAUGCAAUACAGCCCAGCAGCAAAGUCAGCAAAUUCAGCACAAGCAUCUGUCAUGGCUGUUUGCACUCGCUUGACGACAGAAUUGCUAUGAUAAGAGCAUCAUUAAGCAAUAUAGUGGGUAUCGCGAGAACAAGACUGAAUCCGACACAAGCGUAAAUGUUUUCUAUGCACCAAGCUGUGUUAAGUAAUUUGACAUUAAUAUCAUUGCAGUUGACAUUCAUGUCAGAGUCCGGGAAGUUUGUAACAAAACGCCAGAUAAUGUAAGACAGCAUUAUUUCGGAAGUUUAUUCAUCAUUUUAUGAAUGCCUUAAACUGUCAAAGCUGUUCUGUGCUGUUUGGGACAGAAUUUAUUUCUGCAAUGCUUCAUCAUGCAAUCAGCAGGUACAUUUUGAAAAAACCAAAUGUGCAAUACCUGCUGUUGUGACUUGGGCGGGUGUGUACAGAGAGACACAUGUUUUCUAACAAGAAGAUAUAUAUUUAUGAUGAUUAUACGUAAUUAUUUAUACUCAAGAGAGAGAACGCGCUAAAAACUUUUUCAGUUGCUACGUGAAUAAAGUUGCAAGUUUCAGCACCUGUUUUACAAUAUUGGAUUCAACAACGAGCAAAAUUUAUUGUCAUCAGAUCAGCUGCUUCCUUGAUUUAUUUAAAACGAGACAAAACUUUUCUCUAAAUUUCCAUUUUUUCAGAAGAAAUAUUGUCUUCUAAUCCCACUUGAAAACACCAACAGAGGUUGUGCUUUCAUCAUUGGCAAAAGCGGCAUUGUGUUACAAAGAAAAUCAUCAACCACAAAAGUUAUGAAUUAAUCGAGCUUUAAGAAAAAUACUUUAUGGGCCUAAGUUAUACAAAUCGAUAUAAGCCAAGAAUAAAGCAAUUUCCUUUAUUAAGCUCAACUUAAACUUAAUGGUUUAAAAAUAUUGGACAUUGAACAUACAUUGAACAUACAUAAAUUGAACAAACAUACAUUGAACAUUGAAUCGAUGGAUGGAAAAAACUUUAUUUUCAAAGUUAAGAGGAAACAUCAACUUUGCUUGAAAGUUAAAUGCGUACUAGUCUGGUUCCUUUUAACAAAAUAUAUUGUCUUCAAAGGAGAAUUUAAAAAAAUACCUAGGACGUAGUUGUUAGGCUAUUUUUGGCAAUGUUCAGCAUUGGUAAGUGGCUUUUGAAUGAACAAAGCAUAAUCUUAUCACCAAAAGCAGAAAACCAUUCUGGAAAAGCUUCUUCGAAAUCAGCUUUAUUUAUAUUGUAUGAAAUUUUCACUAAAAGCGAAAACUGAAAUUAUACUCAGAAUGAAAUUAUGAAAACUUUUUUUGUAAUAAAAAAAUAGCCAUGGCCUGGAAAGACAACGAUUUUGAAACAAAGUUAAGAUUUUCGUCUGAUACUCUUAAGAGUGUAUAACGUCAGAACAUAGACCGUAUACAUAUACCAUAAAUCAAAUUGCUUAUAUAUAAAGAUUUCUUAGUUUAGAGUUUUAAAUCUAUGUUUUGACGUUUCUAAUUAUUUAUCUAAUGGUUUCAAAUCCAAGUAAUAUAUAGUUAUUUAUAAACGUUUUCGCCAAUAAAGCAAAGGAUUUAAAUUUUUUAUUUCAUGAAACAGCAAUGAAGAAAACUUUUAACAAAAUGAUUGCACAUUUUCUCUUUAAGAGUAAUUCAAUCUUUAAAGUUUCUUGCGAUAACGUCAUUUUAGUUACAAUUAGGAAAUGGUUUUAAAAAAGCAAAUAUUUUACAACAUAUUGGCUAAAAGCUUUUUCGUCUGACACUCCUCAGAGCAUAAAACGUCAGAAUAAGGGUCGGAAAGAACACGAUGAAAAUAAUAUACCCAGUUGUGAAUCGAAAUAGGAAACACAAUCAGAAAAACGCAAGCACAAGACCGGUAUAGUUGACCAAUCAGUGCUGCGUGCCUAUAUAAAAAUUACCACUUAAGUUCAAGAGAGAAAACAAACUCCUUCUGUCUACACAAUGGCGGCUUUUUCGUCUAUAUGUACAUCGAUUCCAAGAAUACUAGAUGGAAGGACGACCGGGCUCUGCCAAUUAUCCGAAACAUGUCGUCAUUAUAGAGUUUUGCACAAUCUGGGAAUUUUCACUCAGGCCAUAGUCAGGCUUAACUAUUUUGAUAUCAUGGAUAAAACCAACUGUAACGAAGACAUCAUGAUUCUGCUGCUGAAGAAGUUUUUGCUGCUAGAAGCUUCGGCCCUACACUGUCGUCAAUUGAUUUAUACAAGAAUCGAUCGUUUCAAGAGGAGUGGUACUUAUGGAAAUCAAAUUGUUUAGGAUCGUUCUGUUGCUCCUAUUUACUGUUAAAGUCGGGAAUAUCACAGACAUCGCGAGAAACCUGAUAUGCAUAUGGUUUUCUCUCAGACUGCAGAGAGCGAAGAAAGUCAUAUUCAAAGGCCUAUUUUAUAAAGUAGAAAAAGUUUGCCGCCGCUGCCGAGAGAGAAUCUUCUUUUUUUUGUACCAGGAAAGUCGAGAUCGAGGGGAGAUGGAGUGUUCAUGACAGAAAAAGGGCUUGCUUAAAUUUAAUUUCAGCAGCUCGUCCUACUGCCUUAAACAGGAACUACCAUACAAUUCAGAGGUCCCGAUGAAAAGGACGCUUUGAAAAGGAUGAAAAGGAAAACAAUGGUAAUUACUGGGAGCUUUUGUACUCGGUGACUCAGAUUGUAUUGUACUGGCAAAAUGUCAGGGGUCUCCUCUGAUAUUCAAAACAAAUUGGUUCAAGACCCUAUCUACCGUUGAUCAGACAUAUCCAUGUUGUGACAAAAUAUUUUUACUUUUUUAAAAAAUUUGAAUCAAUUAUUUUUCCAGUAUGUAUUACAACUGUAUAUGCCUAUCUGUACAAGCAAUUUCUUUUUAGUCCAUGAUUUCAAAAUUUUCAAUCAAUGAAAACAUUUUCAAAUCUAACUUAUUUUAGAAAGAAUUUUUGUGAUGCUCUUUUGACUUCUUCAAUGUAAGGCAGGAGGAACUUGAAAGGAUCCGAACCUUCAUCCCCUUUUUUCCAAAAUGUGACAGUGAAAAAUUUUUCACUGAAAUCUUGAUUUCAACAUAUCCAGAAGGGCGUUUCCCCCUUUACCGAGGGUCUCUAGGGCGUGGCUUCACGCGAUUUUUCUGGGGGCUAUGCCCCAGACCCCCUUUGACCGAGACCACCUGUUCUUGGUUAGCUUCGCCACUUGGAGUUUAAGGGAGUUCAACUUCCUAGCGAAACAUGACUCCCCUAUGAAUGGAAAAAUAGAGACACGCUCUGCGAAUUAACUCAAGAAUUCAUUAAAAUAGAGACCGGGUUUAACACGUUGCACGUACGACAAUCAACUCUAAAAAAACAAAACUAGUAAUGCUGCUUUUCCGGAAGAAAACUUUCUUCUUCAAAUAAUUACUUGUUGGCAAAUCUCCCAAUUCUGUUGCUUAGGAAUUUUAGUUUUAUUUGCUUAGGAAUAUCUUUUUGGAAACAUUUGCGAACAGUGAACAUCUCGAAGCUUUUUUUUUCAAAUGGCAAGCUGCUUUGAUGUACCCAAAGAAAGAUUGUAUCUACAGAAAUUGCAGGAGUUCAUCUGAAUCUCAAAGGCAAUCGAC